CGGCCAAUGAGCGGCGGCCGCUUCCGCGACUCAGGCGACUUCCUCCCGGCCCGCGGGCCCCACUCUGCUGCCCCACUGCGAUGCCACGGCUGCACCAGUAGCUCGCCAACCUCCCCCCCUGUUUGCACGAACCCCUUCGGGUGGGCGAGCGGUCGUAUUUCUUUACGCUCCUUUUUUUCUGUUUCUUUGGCAAACUGCAAGCGGGGCGGGAGGGGGGUAGUUUUUACUUCUUCUUCUGCGGACAUGCCUAACAUCGUGCUUUUUAGCGGGAGCUCCCACCACGACCUGUCCCAGAAAGUGGCCGAUCGGCUGGGACUGGAGCUGGGGAAAGUGAUCACCAAGAAAUUCAGCAACCAGGAGACAUGUGUGGAAAUCGGGGAGAGCGUGCGCGGCGAGGACGUUUACAUCGUGCAGAGCGGCUGUGGCGAAAUCAACGACAACCUGAUGGAGCUGCUCAUCAUGAUCAACGCGUGUAAGAUCGCCUCCUCGUCCCGCGUCACCGCCGUCAUCCCCUGCUUCCCCUACGCCCGGCAGGACAAAAAGGACAAGAGCCGAGCGCCCAUAUCAGCCAAGCUGGUGGCCAACAUGUUGUCCGUAGCCGGGGCCGACCACAUCAUCACCAUGGAUCUCCACGCCUCUCAGAUCCAGGGCUUUUUCGACAUCGCCGUGGACAACCUGUACGCGGAGCCCGCCGUGCUUCAAUGGAUCCGGGAAAACAUCCCCGAGUGGAAAAACGGCAUCAUCGUGUCCCCGGAUGCCGGCGGGGCGAAACGCGUGACGUCCAUCGCCGACCGCCUCAACGUGGACUUUGCCCUCAUCCACAAGGAGAGGAAGAAGGCCAACGAGGUGGACCGCAUGGUGCUGGUGGGCGACGUCAAGGACCGCGUGGCCAUCCUGGUGGACGACAUGGCCGACACCUGCGGCACCAUCUGCCACGCCGCCGACAAGCUGAUUGACGCUGGCGCGGUGAAGGUCUACGCCAUCCUCACGCACGGCAUCUUCUCCGGCCCGGCCAUCUCGCGCAUCAACAGCGCCCCGUUCGAGGCCGUGGUGGUGACCAACACCAUCCCGCAGGAGGAGAAGAUGAAGGCGUGCCCGAAAAUACAGGUGAUUGACAUCUCCAUGAUCCUGGCGGAGGCCAUCAGGAGAACCCACAACGGCGAGUCCGUGUCCUACCUCUUCAGCCAUGUCCCCUUGUAGAGAAAGAGAGGAGCCCCCCCCCCGCCCCCCCAUCGGGCCAUGCGGCUGGCACUUUUUUACCACCUGUCCUCCAGAUAUGGCCUGAUGUUUUUGGCCCACCCCACAUGACUGUUUUAAGGUCACACCCUAGUUGUCUUUGGCCUUUUCACACAGGAGACAAAGCAAAAUAUAAUUUCCUUUUUACCGAAGUUUCUAUUUAUGAGUAUCUCUUUUUUAAUUUUUUAUUUUUUUUUUAUGUUUUAGUUUCAGUCUUGCCAACCUUGGCUCAGCCGAGGCCUGGCCGUCUCUUAACCAAAGGCUCCACCAUGUAAACAUGUAUUUGUACCUUGUAUUGAACUGACGUGAAAUGAAGCAUUCUGGGAUGUCAUGUGAUUCGAAUAUUUUGGCCUUUUUUUUUGCUUCGCAGAGUUUAAAAAAAAAAAGACCGCCCCUUUCCCUGCAGAGUGACGCUUUAACGGCUUCUAAAAAGUAUUAAAACAAUAUAGCCUAACCCGUUACUAGCUAUAUAUCGAUUGUAAUAGUUCACGCUUUCUCCAGGUAAGUGGGAGUGAAAAGAAUGUUUUGUGGGCUGAAUCUUACCUGUGCAGUCCGGCCGUCUCCCACGACGACCUGCUGUCCCCUGGUGGUGGCGGCGGCUCACCUGUGGGACAACAACCUUCUUGUAUUGAUUUGUGCUAGAGAACGAGACGGGUCAUUUGAUUCCAAGGAGGCAGGUUUUGCCGUUUGCCUCUCGGUGGAUAAAGAAAAAGUUGGUGGAAAAAGCGUGAUUUUUUUUUUUUUUUUUUUGUAUUAUUAUAUGUAAUACUGCUGUUUCUUUGACAAUAAAGCUUUGACAAUGGCUUACAAAUGCUAAUCUUUGCUGUUCUUCAGAGACAUUACAUUUGUUAUAUAUCUUAUAAAAGUUGUGAGAUGUUUAAAAAUAUGCUCUAUACAUCUAGCAGCCUUGCAAAAUGCUGCAUAACUUCCCAUAAUGCAACUGAAUAACAUCCCUCUCCGGGAGGUUUGAUAAGAUGGUGCAGUUGCACAAACGUGUGUGUGUCCCUUCCGCUUUGUAUAAUCCCAUCAUAAUAAAUU